UUCUGUCGUCACUGAAGCUAAUGACACCUUAACGCUGUCGACGAAGAAGAAAGGCGAUCACGUGUCUGCCACGUGAACAGCUGAUCGUGACGUCAUUCACCAACAAGCAACAUGGCGGAGUGGAACAGAGGCCAUGGCUCUGUGGAUGAUGUGCUCGAUGCUGAAAACAAACGGCUGGCAGAGAACCUGGCCAACAAAGUCUCCAGACUGAAAUCUUUGGCUUACGACAUCGACAGAGAUGUGGACGAUCAGAAUGAGUACCUGGAUGGCAUGGACUCAAACUUCAUGAGUGCGACAGGCCUGCUCACUGGCAGCGUGAAGCGUUUCUCCACCAUGGUCCGAUCAGGACGAGACAACCGCCGUAUCCUGUGUUACGUCUCCAUGGGGCUGGUCCUGGUCUUCUUUGUUCUUUACUACCUGGUAUCCAAGAUCCACCAAUGACUGAGAAAACAAGAUCAACCAGGCUCUGAUAUGGAGCUGAGACUUUAGACUGUAAUGUCAAAACUGAUUUAAAUAAAGACUUUUUUUAUUGUGCACCAAAGAAAGAAAGCACGACGUAGGCAAAAUUGGUUUGACCAGUUGGGGGUGUCAGUCAGCCCACCGGAGGAAACUGUAGUGGGCGUGGUCAUAUCAAUGAGACGCCUGAACUUUGGGAUCUUUGAGUUGGCACGGAGUACGUCCCAUCCUGCAGCAGCAAGUCCUGAUUUGGUUGGAAGUCAACAGAGCCCGGACGCUGGGGAGGUGGGAAUGUCAUUCACCAUAUCCGAGUCUAAUUGAACCUGUCAAUCAAGAGAAACUUUCCAAAAAAUAAGAUUCAUUCAGUGGCGAUGACUCAGGUUAUGAGUUUUCACACCUAGAGCUUGUUUAUCUUCUCCCGAGUCUGUCAGUGAGAGUUUAGAGCUUUUUCCAUCUUGUUUCAGUUCUUUUCGCAUACAAAAACAUCUAACAGCCAAAAUGCAUCACAAACAUAAAACACUGCAAGUAUUAGGCACAUAUUUGUCAUGCAGGAGGGAGAAAAUAUAGAAAAUAUAGAAAUGGUGGUGCUGUGUUUAGUCCAAACACCAGUAAGCCACCACAUUAAAAUUACAUGCAUAAUACAUUAACAUAAAACUUGUGUUCAGUGUCGUGUGAUUUGUGGUCUAUAUUUAUGCUGUAUUACCACAUUCACCUGCAUAAAUGAGUCACAACAAGAGGGAAACUGAAUCAAGAGUCUGACUGUACUAAAGUCAACAGCUCGGAAAUAAUCUGAGAUUUUAGUCAGUGUAUUUGAUCUGCAAUGCUGACAUUUCUCUCUGUCUGUGUUGAUGACAGAAGAGGCUGAGGUCAAAAAGUUUUAUAUGUGGAAAAUAUAGAAAUUUUUAAUUUGUCCAAAAUUAAUUGUGUUUGUUACUGCUAGGGCAAACAUCUGAAGGUCAAACAUGCACAUAUUCAUUAUUUUGGGGCACUAAAACUAAUCAGUCCACUCUACUAGUACAAAAAGUGGUACCAUCUGCUUUUGGCUGGUCUUGGUCUUGUCACUGCAUUUUGAAAAAUAGCUCUUAAGACUUUUGACAUGUUCAUAUGUUACUAGCCAUCCUUUCAGUAUGCUUGCACUCCAGAUUGUUUUUAUAAUUAUAAGAAAUGUUGGGACCUAUCCUAUCCUGUUGAUGGUUUACAAGAAUAUUCAUAUCAUUUUCUUUGUUUCUUUUUUAUUCCACUUUCAGUCACUGAAACAGAUAUUUGGAAUUUUUGAAGAGUUGAAAGUUGUAUUAUUUUCUUAUAGUUGAGCAUGGGUGACAGAAAUCAUUAAUACAGAUCUAAUAAAUGAUUUAAAUUGUAGAAAAUGUUCAGGAUAAUUUAUUUAAGUUCUGGUCGUUAUGGGCACUGCUACAGACUAAUAAUACUAUUUUAAUUAAAUAUGCAUAUUUUCAGAAUCAUAGUGUGUAAAAAAUUGAUGAUCAAAUGAAAAUAAAUAAAACAUUCAUUAGACAGCU